GCUAAGACCGUGACCUUAGAGCUAUAGGAUCUGCAGGGCCUUCAAACUAUUCUGCAAGGAGUUCUUGCCACCAAAUUCAAAAGUUGGAAAAGUUAAAGUGAACUUUAUAAAUCUUACAAAAUAAAUCAAAAUGCAAUUAAUGACCCUCACAAAGUAUUUGUAAUAAUUGAGAGGCUAUAAAUAAUAAAAGUAACAACGAGGGUUGUUACAGUACCUUGGAACAACCCACGAUUUUUGUGUCUUAAAUGUCUAAAUGAAACGUUUCAGUUUGAGUUAUGUUUUAAAGGUCAAAACGCACCCGUCUACAACGUGAUGUUAGAUCAAGUUAUUUUCGUUUAUGUUUUAACUUCAAGUUCUUACUUGGGAGCAACAUGGAUAUAUUAACAGUCAUUGUCGUAGGAAUUGUUCUGUUCUUCGGAUGGUGGUAUGUGCUACUAAAACCUAGAUCUGGUUUACCCCCAGGGUUGCCACGUCUACCCAUAUUAGGAAGUCUCCCGUUUCUUGAUGCAGACGACCCUCUGAAAUGUUUCCUACAAUUGAAGAAGAAGUUUGGGGAUGUGUUCACUGUUUAUAUGGCAAAUAGACCUGUUGUCUACCUAAACAGUUAUGACAGUAUAAAAGAGGCACUCGAAAAAAAAGGCGAGAACUUCAUGCAUAGACCCUAUUUGUUCAUGCUUACUGAAUCCCUCGGGGAUGAAGGAAAGACCUCUUAUGCAUCCUCUUCGGGGAGAGAACACAAGACAAUUCGUCACUUCACGAAUAAAGUCUUGAUUCGGAAAUUCGGAUUUGGUACCAAAACGUAUGAAGACCAUAUUAUAAAGGAAAUUGAAGCCAUGUUUGAAGAGAUUGACAAGAAUGAGGGAAUGUCGUAUGAUACAUCAGACCUUAUAUCCAUGGCCAUUGCAAAUAUGAUAAAUGUUGUACUAUAUGGACACAGGUUGGAGUAUAAUGACGAAAUUUUCGGAAACUUAUUACACGCGCUUCAACAAUUUUGCAUCGACAUGGAGACCGGUCAGAUACUCAACAUAUUCCCUUGGUUGAGGUAUAUGCCAUGGCAAAGAUCUAUUGUCGACAAAAUGGCUAAGCGUAAAGUUAAUCAGAAGCAUAUUAUGGAACAGAUGAUACAAAGACAUGAAGAGGGACACGAAGACGUUCAAAACAGUUUCAUGACAGCCUGGCUUGAUAGAAUGGAAAAAGAGAAAAGAUCUUCCAACCCUGAACCUGUUUUCAACAAUGUGCAAAUGCGUUUGGUUAUGAACGAUCUAUUUUCUGGGGCAUCAGAGACAACAAAGAAUAGCAUUUAUUUCCUCCUAGCAUAUAUGCUGCACUUUCCUAAUCUACAAACAAGGAUACAAGCAAGCAUUGAUGAGUAUAUUGGGAAGACGCUGUUGCCUACGAUGGAAGAUCGCAAAAAAUUAGUUUUAGCGGAAGCAACAAUUCUAGAAGUCCUACGUUGUCACCCUCCCGUAACAUUGGCUCUUCCUCAUACCAACCUAUUAGACGACACAAUUGGGGGCUACCAUAUUCCCGCUGGUACCAUGGUGAUUCCUAACCUACAUGCUCCACAUCAUGACGAAAGAUAUUGGAAUGAUCCCCAUGAAUUCAACCCAGAAAGAUUUAUUGAUGGUGAUGGACAGAUAGAUAAAUUGAAAUUCGACAACGUCAUUGCGUUUUCAAUGGGCAAAAGAGUGUGUCCUGGGGAAGCCCUCGCAAGGAUGGAGUUGUUUCUCACGUUCACUUCGCUACUACAGCGUUACACAUUCACACUGCCCCCUGGUGAGAAACUCCCAUCUUUGAAAAUGAAACUUGGACUCACAUUAACAAUCCCGCCAUAUAAGAUAUGUGCAGUAAGAAGAUAUAAAAAUUGAGCGAAUAAUGAAUGCAAGCAGAUUGGUUAAAUAUGGUGGUUAUGACAAAUACCUAAAGGAAAUGGGCAAUGUUAAUAAAGUUUCUGAUAUUGAUACUCUAGUGAACCUCAAGGUUUGUUUUUUGUCUGUCCAUUUUAGAUUAAAUGCUCUACCUCGUACGGAUACUUAUAUUUUCAACUAUUUUUAAGUUAAUAAAAAUUCGAUAGCAUUUUAUCAUAGUUUAGGAAAUUUGGGGUUAGUUUUCCUUAUAACCGGGUGUACUCAUAGAUGUUAUUCUUUCUUGCCCUGUUUUGUAACAUUCUGAGUCUUCAAGUUGGUACUUGUGCAAGAAUGAUAUUUGAUAUAUUUGCCAUGUAGGGUUAAGAAUGAGCGACGCAGACAGUUUGAAGUCAUAUUUUAUUAUGUGUAAAUUGGAAUUUUGUAACAAAAACAUGUUAAGGGUGGAUCUGUAACAUUGGCAAAAAACCAAGCAACUGUUAAAAUGGUUAUCGUGACACACAAAAUGACAUUGGCACGCCUUAAAGGACCACUACGACCCAAUAAAGCAUCAUUUCUGUCAUCUCAAGCCCAAAAUAUUAGCAUUUAAUGUGCCACGUUAAGUAUCAAUUCAGCAGAGGUAAAGAAGUUAUUUCAAAGUAUCCAUGUAUGUAACAAUUUACCCUAUGAUACAACUACUUUCCGGUGAAUAAAAUAUUUUUGAUAUUGAAAAAAUUGAAUUGUCCCUCCCAAUCCCUCUCAUGAAAAUCGUAUUCACGAUACGAUAUGAUUCAAGAAAAUGUCCUGCGUCGAAAUCAUCUAAAUCAUCGUCUUAAUCCUCUUCCAAAACUGAGCGGCACAAGGGUCUUUGCAAGGGACUUCGCAGAACUGUUCCGAUCGACGUGAAGAUCAAAAUUUACAUUUGAUAGCCUUGCAUUUGUUAUUUUAAGGGUUCAAAUAAGGUUAUAUGAAGACAAAGGUACUCUAUAUGUAUUCCAUCAGGAGCUCCGAGCAUGUUGCUCUUUUAUGUAUAAUUUUGUAUUGAAAAUUAUAGCAAACAUUUUGCGAGUAUUCGAUGUAUAAGCAGGUUGUCUUGUUCAGGCCAUAUAGCCUAUUUUAAUGCAUCUGGUUUUGGAAAGUUACUUUGCCAUAUCAACAUUAUUAUUUUAUCCAGAAGACUCGUUGGAAGUACCAUCCGCAAAUAUACUGUUAUCUGUAAGAGAAAGGCAAACAUGACACUGUUCCGCAACUAGUUACUUUGACGUAACGUCAAUGUAACAAAAUGGAUGAACUUCCUGGAUACUGUAUGAGUUUUUGUUUUCUCGAUUUAAACUUACGU